UUGAAAAUGCAAUAAAUCAGGUAAAACUGUUGAAGAAGGAUCCAGGAAAUGAAGUGAAGCUAAAACUCUAUGCACUAUAUAAGCAGGUAAAUGCCUAAGAUCUGAUAUAAUUUAGAGACGUUUUGAGCAGGUAGCUCCUCAAAUAGAUAUGGUGUGUGUUUUACUGAAAUUCAGCUUUACUAUUUUUAGGGUUUGUUUUGCUGCCUUUCCUUUAAAGAAUAUAUUAACCUAAAAAUAAAAUGCCAAAGUGAAAGGCAACAAGUAUUUACUUGAGAUCACAGAAUUGCAAUUUCAGGGUACAGAUUCAAGCAGGAACACAAACUGAGUCCCGAUUAUAGGGUGAAGGCAAGGGUGUUUUAUGAGAAAAGGAAGGGAAAUAAUUACAUGAAUAGAAGAAGGAAGUUUCUAUUGGUGUUGGCAAGCUGAGUUACUAAUUCUAUCUUCUGGAAGAUAGAAUUUUUCCUUGUGGUCAGGAUGUGUGCUUUCCUGUUAGUUUUACAAGUAAUUGCCUUGGCCUAGUCCAAAAAUUACUUUGCUGGUUCAGAACAUUCUAAAGGUUCGAGGAGCAGGAUGUGCAGGCAGUUCCCCUGCGGUGGCUGCUUUGGCUCUAUUUUAAAACAGCUCUCACCGGUGUAUACAUGGGUUUGCAUAUUACACUUUCAAACCCUAGUUAGGCAAAAAGUAACCCCUCAGGAUCACUCCAGAGGAAAAGAGACUUUAAGGAUGUAACAACCAGGAGUGUAGACCUUAUUUGGCUGCCAUUAGAAUAAAUCAACUGAAAAAGUUGUUUUGAGAAAAUUGGGGAAAUUUGAGUAUGGACUGAAUAGUAGUAUCUAGAAACUGUUGUAUAAUAGUAUCAUGGUUAUAUAAGAAAAUGUUGGGGGUUUUCUGUGUUUUUUUGGGAAUGCAUAUUAAGAAUGUAGGGGUGAAAUAGUAUGGUGUUUAGGAUUCACUAAAAUUAAGCAAAAAAGAAAGAAAAGAAUGGAGGAAGCAAGUAUGGCAAAAAUGAUAGUUGUUGAUUGGGUGAUGAGUAUUGGGAAUUCAUUAUAAUAUUUUAUUUUUGUGUAUCUUUGAAAAUUUUUGUAACAAAAUUUUAAAAUGUAGGUUUUUAAGUUGCAAUGUCUAAAGACUACCCUGGGAAGUCAGCCCUCUGGGCGCCUGUGUGUUUCUCUUCCUGUGGUUGGUAUGAGCCUCUCCUACCAAAAAGAGGUCUGGCCCUUGCCCCUGGCUUCUGGGCAAGAUUACCUUAGAUCAUGUAAUAUUUAAACCCUUGAAAUGCUGUGCCUGAUAGGAGUGUCUUUGCCUGCAGAAUCUAGCAGUGUGAUUUAGAGUGGGACUGGCCGCACGAUAAGUUGACACUGUGAUUUAGAGAGCGGGGCUUCAGCUGCAUAUUCAGUGGUUACGGAGCUCCCGGUGAAAACUCUGAACACUGAGGCUGGAGUGAGCUUCCCUGGGCACUGAAGGACCGUGUAAUAUGCCCAAACCAGGUGUGUUUGACUUUAUUAAUAAGGCCAAAUGGGAUGCAUGGAAUGCUCUUGGCAGUCUGCCCAAGGAAACUGCCAGGCAGAACUAUAUAGAUUUGGUGUCCAGUCUGAGCUCUUCAUCUGAGUCCUCCGUCCAGCUGGAGCCUGGAGCAGACAGGAAACGACAGGCUUAUGAAAACCUGGUGGUGACCUCUGAGGAUGGCAUCACAAAGAUCAUGCUGAACCGGCCCGCCAAAAUGAAUGCGAUAAACAUUCAGAUGUAUCAAGAAAUCAUGCUUGCACUUAAAGCUGCAAGCAAGGAUGACUCCGCCAUAACUGUUUUAACAGGAAACGGUGACUAUUUCUGCAGUGGGAAUGACCUGACUAACUUGAUCGAUAUUCCCCCUGGCGGAAUAGAGGAGAAAGCCAAAGACAGCACCGUCCUGCUGAGGAACUUUGUAGACGCUUUUAUCGAUUUUCCGAAGCCUCUGAUCGCGGUGGUAAAUGGUCCAGCUGUGGGGAUCUCCGUCACCAUCCUCGGCCUGUUCGAUGCUGUGUAUGCCUCCGACAGGGCAACAUUUCAUACUCCUUUUAGUGACCUAGGCUUAAGUCCAGAAGGAUGUUCCUCUUACACGUUUCCGAAGAUAAUGGGCCCAGCCAAGGCAACAGAGAUGCUUAUUUUUGGGAAGAAGUUAACAGCAAGAGAAGCGUGUGCUCAAGGACUUGUUACUGAAGUUUUUCCUGAUAGUACUUUUCAGAAAGAAGUCUGGACCAAGCUGAAAGCAUAUUCAAAGCUCCCCCCAAAUUCCAUGAGAAUUUCAAAACAAGUCAUCAGAAGUAUGGAGAAAGAAAAGCUACAUGCUGUUAAUGCUGAAGAAAGUAGUGUCCUCCAGAAAAGAUGGGUCUCAGACGAAUGCAUAAAUGCAGCCAUGAACUUCUUAUCCAAAAAAGCAAAACUGUGAUGACUGAUGCAGCAAAGUUAAGCAUUUCAAAGGAGGGGAUGUACUGUGAUUUCUGAUUUCCAAUACUUGAACUAAAUUAACUUCACUGUG